GCCUUGGUAUUUAUUUCUUUAAUGCAUACAUUCUGAUCGGAUAUAAUUCUUUAGGCACUCCUUUCUGUAGAUCCGUAGCUAUCAGCUUCCAGCCGGCCUUUUCAAACAGCCGCCGGAAAUUCUUGUCGGAGCGAGUCUUGCUCGAAUCCUCCGGGUCGUACACGUCCUCGUCUCCAUUCACGUUGUUUUCUUUGAUCACCAGUAAUCCGUCCUCCUGCAAUGCAUCCUUACACCGAUCAAGCCAAAGGAGGAACGCAUCGUCCGGCAGAUGGCCGCAACACCAUUGACACCACAGAAGAGAGUACUUACCGUGUUCCUGUGGAACCCACUCCUGCAUUGGGAUCUGGUAGAUUUCGCCGAUCUUACCCUGUUCUGCCAGUGGAGCCAGUUCUCUGUACAUCUGGUCCACAAAUGGCUUCACGGGCUCCAGCAGAUCUACCUUGUUGCAAACCUUGUGCAGGAAAUCUCUUGUGACUCGUCCAAUGCCUGCACCGAAAUCUAGCCCGUAGCUGAUCUUACCGGGUUCUGUGGAAAAGCGCGACUUGAGUUUGCGGAUGAAAGUCAUCGAACCGACUAUGUCGGCCUUGGGCACGCUCGUGGACUCUCCAAAGCCGCCCAGCACACCAUCCACAGACGGUUCCACCCCGCUCCAGUACCGAAUAGCGGCGUCGUAAUCUAUCUGAGCGUCAAUAUUAGUUUGAUCGGGUUCCAUGUUUUCAGUAGCGACGAUCGACUCCAAUUUUUUUUCACUCGUUGAAAAACUAAGCAUCCUAAACAAAUUGGACAAGUGAUAAUGAGUGGCAGUAAGUAUAACAUGUGUAUCCAAUUUUGACUAACCGCAGUCCGUUUAUUGGACCUUGCUAAACCUUUUGUCUCGCUUCUUCCUGAAGUCGAGUAUCCCUAUCAGAAAAUCGAGUUUGACGAGAAAAUCGUUUACACCAUCGCCUCGGUCGCUGUAUACUUGCUUGCUGGCCUUCCACUGAGCAACGUGGCCCAGGACCGCAUUGCCGACCCAUUUGGCUGGCUGCGGGUUCCAUUUGCUUCUCAAGCGGGAACAGCACUGGAGUUUGGGCUAUUGCCUAUCGUCACGGCCGGUUUCCUGUGGCAGACUCUUGCGGGAUUCAAAAUCAUCAAAAUCAACUUCGAGUCCAGGUCUGAUAGAGAGCUCUUUCAGUCUUGGCAGAAACUGACCGCGGUGUUGAUCGCCUUGGUCUACGCUGUGUUGCUCUCGUUUGCUGGCUACUUCGACCCUGUCGACCAAUUUACCUCCCAAGCAACGUUGUCCAUUUGGAGCAAGCUGACCUACAUUGUCCAGUUGACGUUUAUGGCACUUAUCACUGCUCUUUUGGUGGAACUUCUGGACAAGGGGUAUGGCUUUGGCCCUGGGAUUCUGGCAAUUAUUACUGUCUCGUCCUCCACCCAGUUCGUCACCUCUUUCCUUGGAUUCACCACCACUCUCACCGCCAGAGGCUUUGAGUCUCACGGUGCAUUGAUUCAAUUGAUCAGAAACCUUAAAAAUAAGCCUUUCGGACUGGCCAUCUACGACGCGUUCACCAGAGACAAUCUGGCCAACCUGACCCAGAUUUACGCCACUCUAGCGGCUCUGGCUGCAGGUGUGUACUUUGGCAACUUCAGAGUUGAGGUGCCUAUCAAGUCCGCUAAAGUCAGAUCCAUGGCCUCGGUGUACCCAAUCAAGCUGCUAUACUGCGGAGCACUGCCUCUGCUGUUCACCUACGCUGUGCUUUACAACCUCAACAUUAUUGGGUUUGCCCUUACCAGAAUCUUCAGCUCCGUGCAGUAUGUGCAAUAUAUUGGCAACUGGAAAUUGGACGAGUUCAACUUCUCCACCUACAAUUUGACUUCGGGCCUGCUGUACUUUGUUUCUGCCUCUCCUAAGGGCGCUUCGCCAUUGCACUAUCUUGUUAGACCGGUCACGUUCUCUCUAUUUGUGAUUGUUGUGUCUACGGUUUUCUCUAAAUUGUGGAGCAACAUUUCAGGCUCCUCCGGCAAAGACAUUGCCAAACAGUUUAAGGAGCAGGAUAUAACUCUCAUUGGCCACAGAGACACAGCAGUUGGAAAAGAGCUCGGAAAAAUUAUUCCGGUGGCUUCCACCACGGGUGCUUUGAUUGUGUCGGCAGUUGUGUGCGCCGUCGAGGCUCUUGGAUUUUCCUCUGGCCUUGCUGUUGGAGCCCUGAUUGGCUUGUUGUGCGCUCUGACACUCUUGGAAAGCGUUAUGACCGAGUACCAACAGUCCGGGGGAAUGGCCUCACAGUUUGGACAGAUGUUCCAGCAACGUUAAUACAAUAGAACGGUUUGUACUGGAGAAGAGCAUAUUCUCGUGGAUAUGCCUAUUUUCCAUCUCUGCACCAAAAAAAUCAAGCUAUUUAUAUUUGUAUUAUAUUCAAA